ACAAUGGUACUUGAUUAGAUAAUAACAUGUGAAUAUGAAUAUGAAGCCUGAGCACUGUAUUUGUAUAGUGUAUAGUAAUAGUAUUAUAACGCAAAAGCCAGAAACAAAAGCAGCCAAAAAGCAAAAGAUGGUUCAGCACUGGUAAUAAGAAGACCAUAGGCUGGCUACUACUACUACACACACAGCACAUGUUAUGAAAACGAAAAGAAAAAGCUACUAUGCUGUAUUUUUGUGAUGGCACUUGUGAAUAAUUGAAUGCUAUGGUGAGGGUCUUUUGGGGCGUUUACUCCGAAAUAUUCCUGAAUCAUAGCUAUCUGCAAUCUCCCGUAUGCAUCAUUUGAUAGUUUAAUCAUCAACAACAGCUACAGCACAGCACAGGCCUCAUCAGUUUUGUGUUGCUGUUCCUGAAACAUACACAGAUCAGGUAGCAGGAGGAGGAGGAGGAGGUGUUGCACAUUUCUCAACUCUCCUCACUCUUUUCUUCUAACAGAUAGAUAGAUACAUAGUGAGAAAGAAAGAUGGUUUCUGAAACCUCACUCUCUUCUUCUAAACGCUCUCCUGCUACUCCUAAGUUCUGCAACUCUUUCACUACUAGAAUAUUUGCUGAUGUUGCUGGCGACAUUACAAUUGUUGUUGAUGGGGAGUCUUUUCUGCUGCAUAAGUUUCCCUUGGUGACUCUAAGUGGGAAGAUCAGGAAGAUGGUUGCUGAAGCCAAGGGUUCCAAUGUUUCAAACUUGGAGCUCCUCAACUUUCCAGGGGGGCACCAGACAUUUGAACUUGCCAUGAAGUUCUGCUAUGGGAUGAAUUUUGAGAUUACAACAUUCAAUGUUGCCCGGCUUCUUUGUGCAGCAGAGUACCUAGAAAUGACAGAAGAAUACCGGGAGCAAAACCUCAUCUCUAGAGCAGAGAUUUAUCUGAAUGAGAUUGUCUUUCAGAGUCUUCAGAAAUCAGUGGAAGUGCUAUCCACCUGUGAGAUGUUACCUCCAGAUAUAGUGGAUGAAAUUGAAAUAUCAAAUGGAUGCGUGGAAGCCAUUGCAAUGAAUGCUUGCAAGGAGCAACUAGUUUCUGGUUUAUCUAAAUUAGACUGUGAUGGUGAAUCUAGAGAGCUAAAGGAGGAUUGUGUUGCAUGGUGGGUUGAAGAUCUCUCGGUUUUGAGUAUAGAUUACUUCCAAAGAGUUAUUUGUGCCAUGGGAAGAAUGGGGGUAAGAUCAGACAGCAUUAUUGCAUCACUAAUGCAUUAUGCUCAAUCAUCUUUGAAGGGUAUUGGAAAGUGUCAAUUUUGGAAUCCAUCAAGGACAAACUCAAGUCCAACAAGUGUGGAAAAGGACCAGAAGAUAAUUGUGGAAACUCUUGUAAGUCUCAUGCCAACAGACAAAAGCUCUUCCAUUCCUUUGACAUUUUUGUUUGGCAUGUUAAAGAUGGCUAUCAUGUUGGGUGCCAUCAUUCCCUGUAGGCUUGAGCUUGAAAGGAGGAUCGCGUUACGGUUGGAAAUGGUCUCACUAGAUGAUCUGCUUAUACCAUCUCUACAGAGUGGGGACUCCUUGUUUGAUGUUGAUACAGUUCACAGGCUACUGGUGAAUUUCUUGCAACGGGUUGAAGAGGAAGAAACCGAAGAUUAUGGGUAUGAAUCUGAUGGAUUUUGUUCUUCUGGCCAUGGUUCUCUGCUAAAAGUGGGGCAGCUUAUUGAUGCUUAUUUAGCAGAAAUUGCUCCUGAUCCCUACUUAAGUCUACAGAAAUUCAUUGCUUUGAUUGAGAUACUUCCUGAUUAUGCUCGUGUUAUCGAUGAUGGCUUUUAUAGAGCUGUGGAUAUUUACUUGAAGGCACAUCCAGCACUAACAGAACAAGAAUGCAAGAAGCUUUGCAAGUUGAUAGACUGCCAGAAGCUGUCUCAAGAAGCAAGCAACCAUGCAGCCCAAAAUGACAGGCUUCCACUGCAGAUGGUGGUGCAAGUCCUGUACUUCGAGCAGCUGCGUUUGAAGAAUGCAAUGUCUGGCAGUUUGGGAGAUGGGCUGCUGUCACAGAGAAUAAGCAGUGGUGUUCCAAGUGCAGCCAUGUCCCCUAGGGACAACUACGCUUCUCUGCGGAGAGAGAACCGGGAACUGAAGCUGGAGAUUUCAAGAAUGAGGGUGAGGCUGAGUGAGUUGGAGAAGGAGCAGAUGUUCAUGAAACAAGGGAUGAUUGACAAGGCAGGAAAUGGGAGAACAUUCUUAACCUCACUUUCUAAGGGGAUAGGGAGAAUUGCAAUUUUUAGCGGUCAAGGCGGGGGAAAGCGCCAGAAAUCAGGUAGGAAGUCUCGCGGUUUGGAGGGGAAAACUGGUAGGAGUAGGAGACAUUCUGUCUCAUAGAUUAGCUAAGCUUUUACAGCAUUCUCUAUUCACAACAUGUAAAUGAGUUGAUCAAAAGUUUCUCUUCAUCCUUGGCCACACUAGUUUAGCAGUUGAACUUGAGUGUCUCACAUUCUCUUCUUUUUCCCUGCUGUAUAUGAUUUCAGCUGCUGAGCUAAGGUCGAAUACUACACAGUGACACUGCUUGUUGCAGUGACACCAAGAGGAAGCUUCAUCAAAUACCUCAAUUCAAUGUGUAGCAUCACCUUGUCCUAGGGACACAGUUAAAGCAUCUCCUUUCUUACUCUAACUUUCACACCCUCCCAAUGAUAAAAUUAAAAUGUACUUAUUUCUUGUCAAAUUUGCACCUUAGAUUGCUUGAAAAAGGAAAAUAAUGUAACUUAUGCCAAAUACUCAAAUGAUUCUUCACCUGCUUAA